AUGUACGAAGGGAUAGACAACCUGAAAUCCCUUUACGACCGUGCCGGAAAGACUUUCUCCGGCGGUCACUCUGUGGCACAAGAUGUGCCACGUCGUACUGCUCGACCAGACCCCGUGAGUCAAUCAACAGUUGAGAACGGGGCUCCCAAGUAUCCCAGGAUGGGGGAUAACCGCGCCACCGGACGAGGUAACUCGCCCGACGUCCGUUCACGUCGCGGUGGUUCAACAGCCGCUCAAUCAGAUAGCGCUGGCCACCGCGAGAGUCCUACAAAGGAGGUGGAGGAAUUGGGAAAACGCUCUCCAAACUUUAGUGGGGGAGUGCGUUUCCCCGAGAGCCACUUUGAUCGCGUAACGCAAGCGUUGCGCGGCAACCUCGAACAUGAGCGGUACAGGUGUCUCCAACUGGCGGACACUGUCUUCGAAGCAUCGAGCUGA